AUGGAGGCUCUCGCCGGCGGCUGGGCAGGAGGACCGGCAUGUCAACCGGCUGUGGAAAUGGCCCUCGCAGACAUCAAUUCACAACGACAUAUCUUGCCCGGAUAUUGGCUCAAUAUGACGUGGAGGGAUUCAAAAUGCCAACCCGGCCUGGCCAUCAAGCAUAUGUACGAUCUGCUCUACAAUAAACCAGUCAAAGUGAUGCUAUUAUCCGGGUGCAGUACAGUAACCACCGUAGUUGCGGAGACGAGUCCCGUUUGGAAUUUGGUUACGCUGUCAUACGGUGGCAGUUCUCCAGCUCUAUCGAAUCGGGAACGAUUUCCCAAGCUUUUCCGCACCCAUCCAUCGGCCAUUAUUCAAAAUCCAACCAGAAUCCGUCUCUUCGAAAAGUUCAAUUGGAAGAAAGUGAGCAUACUGUCAUCGGUGGAAGAAGUGUUUGUCAGCACGGCAAAAGACCUCGAAAAGGAGUGCAGUCAGAGGGGAAUCCGAGUCCAACGUCAAUCAUUUUAUGGUGAUCCGGCAGAUGCGGUGAAGACCUUGAAAAGACAAGACGCUCGAAUUAUCGUCGGGCUUUUUUAUGAAACCGACGCGAGAAGGGUGCUCUGCCAGGCGCACAAACAAGGCGUGUUCGGCCGCAGGUACACUUGGUUCUUCAUCGGGUGGUAUUCGGAUACGUGGUAUAUUCCACCGCCGGAAGAACAUCUUGGCUGUACGGCUAAGGAGAUGAAAGAAGCUGCGCAGUACCACUUUACAACUGAAUCCCAAAUGUUGGCGUUGGAUUCGACGCGAGGAGUAUCUGGAAUGACGGGCAAAGAAUUCAGAAGUCGACUCGUCGAUCGAUUGGAGAGGAAACCGGGGGAUACAGGCGGAUUUCCGGAAGCUCCACUGGCUUAUGACGCUGUUUGGGCUCUCGCGCUAGCCGUAAAUUGCACGAUCGCCGCCCUCCCUUCCGACGUGAAAAUCGAGAAUUUCUACUACGACAACCACGCGAUGGCGAACCAAAUCUUUGAAUGCGUCAGGAAUACGUCAUUUUUGGGAGUAUCGGGACGCGUUAUGUUCUCCGACCAGGGAGAUCGUAUCGUGCAGACCAUCAUCGAGCAGAUGCAGGACGGAAACUACACGAAAAUGGGCACCUACGACAUGAAUUCGCGUAAUUUGACGUGGCUGGGAAGGGAGAAAUGGCUGGGGAAGGGGCCACCCACGGACAGCACCAUUGUCAGAAAGGAGAUAUUGACCGUGUCUAUUAAGGUGUACUAUGUCGUCUGCGCGCUCUCACUUCUCGGCCUGAUCCUGACGGUGGCGCUGUUCAUUUUUAAUCGAAGAUAUGGGUAUCGGAGCAUCAUCUCUCAAUCACAACCGCAGUGCAAUAAUGCUCUAUUAUUGGGCUCUGCCCUGUGCUGUCUGUCUCUGUUUCUUCUCGGCCUUCCAGCUGACGGGAUCACGCUGCCCACGUCAAUUUUUGGGUCGUUAUGCCAUAUCCGCAUUUCGAUGCUGAUGAUCGGUUUCACCUUUGCCUAUGGCUCGCUAUUUGCUAAGGUGUGGAUAGUCCACCGUCUCGGCGCGACAGAAAGUCAACAAUUGGCGAAUCGACAUAAGGACGAGUGCUGGUUUGCCCUCCCCCCGCAGCUCUCAAUGUCUCUACAGGAUGAAGAGACACCAUGGCACUCGAUUCGAACGUUGAUCACCGGAUUGGCAAGUCGCCAAAUGGUCGGAUCGGCCCUUCGAAAAGUCUCCUCAUCUCCAUUCGCCACUGCAUUCUCCACGAAGAGAUCUCCAUCUACGGCUUCAUCUAUUGCCGACUUCUUGAAUCAGCCAAUUGCCGCGGCGAAAUUCUACUUGGUGAUCGCGACAUUUUUGUUGGCGGAUUUGGUGAUAAUUUGUCUAUGGGUUGUCGUGGAUCCAUUGAAGAGAAAGGAGCUCAAAUAUCCGAGACACGAAGACACAAACCAAGAAGACACAAUGAUCGAGCCAAUCCUCGAACUUUGCCAAAGUUCGAAUCAAGAGCUAUGGAUCGGCGUUGUCCUCGGCUACAAAUGCAUCCUCCUCGUCUUUGGCCUAUUUUUAUCCUACGAAUCGAGAAAACUCAAAUUACGCUAUAUAAAUGAUUCUCGGCUGGUGGGGCUGGCCAUUUAUAAUGUCGCUAUAUUGGCGUUAGUAACCGGCCCUGUCGUCACGUUGCUAAUUAGAACGCAGGCCGAUGCGAAUUUUACUUUCAUUUCGGUGACAGUCCUCCUAUGCGCCUACAUCUCAAUGGGCCUCAUCUUCGUCCCCAAAAUUCGCCACAUCCAUACGGUACCCCCGACGGCUGAUGAGAGCCAGCCGGGGCUCAAAAAUGGCACACAACGCAUGUCGACGAGUGAUAAGUCGAGAUACGAGCUGAUGACCAAAGAAAACGAGGCCGUUCAGCAGAAAAUCUGCUUGACGGAAGAGCGUAUUCGACAAUGCCGGAGAAGAUUGGAUCUCCUAACAAAUGGCAUGGAGGGCGUCUCCUCGUCAUCGGCAACACGUACAGGGGGUGUUUCUCUUUCUGAAGAGGGACAGACAACAUUCUCCUCUCCAACAAUAACAACACAUGCACUUGUCGAACUACAGCCACCACCCACGAUAUCUACACAACUAUCAGCCUCAUCACAACCAUUUACGGGUAGCAUUGAUGCCGAUGAGGCCGAGCAUUCCGACUCCUCUUCUGAUGAGAUCUUCCUA